GCUUUUGGAUGGGCUUGAGAAGGUCAUCAAGAACGGGAAGCCGGAGGAGCUGAGCAAAGCAGUAGAUGCUCCCAAGUUACCUGAGAUAUCAGAUUCGUCGUCGGUGGACUUUGGAGACUGGUUGUACCUCAUAGAGCAUGUGAUGAGCGAUCUUUCUACGUCGAGUGCAGAGUGGUGGGCGACGGUUGUGCAAGACGCUCAAGAGUUCUAUGAGAGGUACCAAGCAGCGGACCAGUUUUCGAGACUGUCUAUGAAGCCAACGGCGUCCCCUGCUCUCAGCGAGACAAAAUGGAGUCGUUUGGACCGGAGGGGGGCGACAAUCCUGCUCGGAGCUACUCCAGAUGACAUCAAGAAGGAGCUCGUCGCGACGAGGACGCGGACCACCUUGGAGGUCCUGUCGAGGCUCAUGGUGCUUUAUCGUCCAGGGAGUGCUUUGGAAAAGGGUCAGCAUUACCAGAGGGCUCGUGAUUUGAAGCUGUCGGUUCCUGACCCGUCGGUGACUCUUCGAGGGAUCGACCAGCUGGUGAAAAGGCCAAUCCAGGACAACCCGGAGGUUGCAUUCCGUAUGAACUUGCUCCGCUACCAUCUGAAGGUCGAUUUCUCACCGUCUGAAGAGUCGAUUUUGGCGGUGCACCGGGCUUUGUUGGCUGAGUUCGAACAGAUGGGCUUCAAGAAAAAGGCUAAGCAAGUUCAGGAGAGUACCUCUACAGCCAGAGUCAGAGCUAUGGAGACUUCGACCCCACAGGCCGCGGCACCUUCGACUCCAACAUCGCCGUCGUCGACGGGAAAAGGAGCAAGGCCUUGCAGGUUCUAUGUCACUGAUGAGGGCUGCAGACGGGGAAAAGCAUGCAAGUACGAGCACACCAUGAAGGACCUCAGCAAAGCUGACAGGCGUGAUCGGUGCUACGAGUGUGGGGCGAAGGGCCAUAUGGCUUCGGCGUGUCCAACCAAGAAGGAGGUGCAGCAGAAGGCGGUUUCGGCGGGGGACUCGCCAGCAUCCUCUACGGGGGGAACAGGUGGCCGUGGUGGAAAGGGAGGCAGGCAGCAGAGACCAGCGGAACCCGGCGAUGGAGGUGGAGCUCAGCCGGCUACAGUAUCAACUACGACCACUAGCCCAGCAACAACUACAGAGACGCCGGUGCAGGGGGUGCCGGUGGAGCAGCUAAUUGAGGAUGCUCAGAAGCUGAUGAAGGCUUUUAUGGAGCAGAAGUCGCAGCCGAUGGUGCAAACAAUGCGGGUGGAAGACGGAGUCUCCCGAGAAGAAAGCCGUUCACCUGCACUACGGGAGUUCAUGAAGCAGAAUGAGGAGCUGAUCAGGAUCAGUCGCAUGGGACUCCUGGAUUCCGGGGCGACUCAUCCGCUACGAGCACGAACCGAGAAGGACCAAGCUGGUACCAUGGACAACGUCAGCGUAACCUUGGCGGGCGAAAAUCGAGUGCAAAUGGUGCAAAACAAAGCUGGAACGAUUAUUGCCCACCAAGACGCACAGCCGAUUGUGCCUUUGGGAACGUUGGUCAAGGCUUUGGGGUACGAGUUUGUUUGGGACCACAGAGGCUGCAGACUUCGGCACCCAGACAGGAAAGAAGUUCGUGUGUGUACGCGGUCUACUUGUCCGGAGGUUAUGCAGUGUGAUGCCUUACGCCUCAUUGCCGAGCUGGAAGAGGCAAGGCUUGCUGAAACGAUGAGCUCCUUGGCACAGCUGAAGGCGUCGGUGAUGGCGGCAAAAGAGCACAAGGAGAAGAGUUGGAAGGACCAUGUUCAGGCCUAUGUCGCUUCCGGUGUGUACGAAGAUGGGAUCAAGGCGGUGAUGUGUGCACCGUUCAUGCACCACAUGCCGAUGAAGGAUCAGCUUCAAACCAUUGUUCCGCUUCCCAAGGACGAUGGGGAAGCAUGGCAGUGGAUGAAGAAGUUUCCGAUGAACAGAGCCAAGAGGAGGGGACUAUGGCAAGCUCAUGAGUGGACUGUUCAUAUGUUUGCGGGCCUAGGGGUGAAGAACGAUCCUCUACGUGACCUCCCUGGCUUUGUGGAGAUUGACAUGAAGAAGGGUUGGGACCUCAACGACGGCAAGAUCUAUGGCGUGCUAUUGUGGAUGGCAAAGCAGGGACGCAUAAGGCAUGUCAUUGGAGGCCCACCGGCAGGAACGUUUUCUCCAUGGCACUACAAGAGAGACUCGGAUGGCUACAAGAAGGCUCUGCGUUCGACACACGAACCUUGGGGACUACGUGAAGGUCUCAAUCCUGAUGAGAGCUCAAAGGUCCUCAACGAGAAUGUCAUGCUCUGCAAGAUGGUGUGGUUGCGGUUAUGCGCGGAGGCCGCUCACGGGGAGCAGGUUGAAGAUAGUCAGAACCGCGUUGGGUUUUGCAUGGAGUACCCCGAGGACCCCUACAACUACAUGCCAGAAGGUGAACACCGCAGCUCAUGUGUCUCAGUGUGGAGGACCGAGUUCAUGAAGGAGUUCAUCAAAGAGACCAACCUCAUCAAGUACCAGUUCGAGCAGGGUGCUUUGGGACACUUGUUCCGGAGGCGUACCUGUUGCCUGAGCAAUCUGGGUCUGGGUAUACAGGGACUCAAGGAUCAGAGAGCCUAUGUUGCGGCAGACAACAAGGAUGCAGACCAGUCAGUUUGGCCUUAUGGUUUUCGGAUCACUUUGGCGGACGCGAUCCAUGAGUGGAAAAAUGGUGAGAGCCCCAUAGUGGUCAAGAAGGCAAUGACGAAAAAGGAGCUAGAGGAGUGGAAGGCUCAUGUCGAACGUGGGCAUUGGCCUUACAGACGUGACUGCUCAGUUUGCUUGACGGCAUCAGGCACGGGAAGGCCAGCGAGAAGGGUGGUCCAUAGGGAUGCCUACGUGAUGAGCCUGGACAUAGCCGGCCCGUUUGCAGAGAAAGGCAAGGAUGAGGUUAGAGGAAAGAAGUAUCGCUUUGUGCUUGCGGCGACCUACCUCUACCCGAAGAUGCGGGACGUGCCUGAGGACGCUCCGAUCCCGAAUGAGGAGGAGGCGGAGGAGUUCUUGAGAGAAGAGGAAGCGGAGCCGGAAGCACCAGAACUUCCCGAAGAUCCUGAGUGUGAUGCACAGGAGGAGGAAUGGAAGAAGAAAGUGGCGGAACUACGGAAGCCGAUGGAGUUGCAGAUGCUCAGGUUUUGCAUUCCGUUGGAAAGGCACACGGGCAAAGAGAUCCUCGAGUGCAUCCAGGACCUGUAUGUUCAGUUGAGGGCAAUGGGGCUACCGUUGACGAGGAUCCACAGUGAUAGAGCUCGAGAAUUCCGGGUCAAACCGGUACGAAAAUGGUGUCGGGAGCGGGACAUCUACCAGACGUUCACGGAAGGCUUGGCGCCUACACAAAAUGCGGUAGCGGAGAGUCAUGUGAAGUGGCUCAAAGGCAGGGCGCGAGUACACCUGAACGAGAUGGAGUUGGACAAGGAGUUUUGGCCUUGUGCUAUGAAGUACGCUUGCUUGCAGCACAAUGCAAGACAAAUGGGCACGAAGACUGCGGGCAUCAAGUUUGGUUCCGUUGUUUGGGUGAAGUCCAAGAAGGACCGAGGGCCGUUCGAUCCAAAGUGGGAGCGAGGCAAGUAUAUGGGGCCAGCUGAUGAUGUUCGUGAAGGCCAUGUGGUUCGUUUGGAUGAUAGUCUAUGGCUUCGCACUCUGCAUAUGAGGACGGUGAGGGAUGACGAAAUGGAGCUGGAGGAAGAAGAGCACGUUGUGGACCUCAUCGAUCCUACCAGGCGUGUGCGGGGAAAGACUAAGUUGAGUGAUCCCGAGCUGCGGGCCAUUCGCAAGCAAGAAAGGACGGUCUUGGUGAAGGAGCUGCUGGAGUCCAAAAUCUGA